AUGAAGGGAAUCAGCUCGACAUAUCUGUUCCUCCUCCUAUCAUUACUCUCCACAGUGCUUUCAGAAACACCGCCCAGCAAAAACGCCGUCCGCCUUUCCAAUGUUAAGACUCUCACACUGCGCGCAGACAGGGAAACAUCCCACCGUCGCGUACCUCCAUUACCACAGCUAAAAUGUGUUGGUCCCAAAAAUGUCUGCAAACUCUAUCAAAUCGAUACGAUGCGCUGCACAAACCAAGGCUACGACUACGAUGAAGAGGACAUCCAAUGGAGCUGCACCGCCAAUCUUCCAUCAGAAUUUAAAUUAGGUUCCACAGAUGUGAUCUGUGAGGGCUACAGGAAUGCAAAUGAUAAAUGGAUUCUCAAAGGGAGCUGUGGAGUGGAGUAUCGCCUCUUGUUAACUGAAAAGGGGGAGGAACGAUAUGGACGCUGGCGGGAUGAAUCUGAGAGCAAUACCUCAGGACUCAUAUUCAUGAUCAUUUUCAUCGCUGUUCUCUUCUUUAUAGUCAUUGCCAUAUCAAGAGGCAACAAUCGUGGUGGUGAUCGCGGAAGACGAGGUAAUAGUCGAGGAGGAGGAGGAGGAGGUGGUGGUGGUGGUGGUGGUGGUGGCGAUGAUGACGAUUACCCUCCACCUCCAUACGAUUAUCAGCCUCAAUACUCACAGAGAAAAUCCAGUUCAGGACCAGGGUUCUGGACCGGACUUGCAACUGGAGGCGCUGCCGGAUAUGCGAUGGGUCGGAGUCGGAAUCGAGAUCGACAGACCAGAGCAGGCCCAUAUUAUACAAGACGCAAUGACUAUGAUUAUAGGGAUGACCCAGGCUCUGCUCCAGGGCCAUCGCAGUCUUUCUCCCCUCCUAGGUCAAACACUGGUUUUGGGUCUACUAGACGACGAUGA